ACUCAUGCUAACCUACGUCUAUUAGCUUUGUCAACACGAGCUCCGAUUUAAUAAUCACCCCGAACUUCGGACUUUGUGCAGAAACGUGAAGUUUAUCUCAAGUCGUCGUGUCCUCGUCGCUCUCUUUUUCCUCCGACUGGCCUCUUGUCUCCCAUAUCAGAAGACUGACGAGUCAAAAUAUGACGUUAAAGUCGAAUAAAAACGAACCGGCGGUGGUUUUGGAGCGGGUGAACAGCGCGCGCUCGGCUCUGUCAGACCUUUAUUUGGAACAGCUGCUUCAAAACAAACCCAAAGCGGACAAGAUGACCAAACAGACAUCUGACGUGAAGGAACUGGACAUGUACACCAAUGGCAGCACUGGCCACAUAAACGGCAAAGAAGUAUUAAAGAUGCGUGAGGUGGCCUUCGAAAAGCACCCAUCAGAACCAUUGGGAGUAACUUUAAAGCUGAAUGAGAAACAGAAGUGCACGGUGGCAAGAAUAUUACAUGGGGGAAUGAUCCACAGACAAGGUUCUUUACACGAAGGGGAUGAAAUUACUGAGAUCAAUGGCAAGAGUGUUGCGAAUCAGAGUGUGGACCAACUGCAAAAGAUUUUGAAAGACACAGAUGGUGUGGUCACUCUGAAAGUCAUCCCCAAUCAGCAAAACCGCUUACUGGUUUGUGUGAUGUAUAUGAGGGCUCAGUUUGACUACGACCCAGCCAAAGAUGACCUCAUCCCUUGCAAAGAGGCUGGCCUUAAAUUUCAAACCGGAGACAUUAUUCAGAUCAUAAAUAAGCAGGAUCCAAACUGGUGGCAAGGCAGGGUAGAAAAUUCUGGCAAAGACUUUGCCGGACUCAUUCCUUCCCCAGAACUUCAAGAAUGGCGUGUGGCCAGCAAAAGUAAGAGCAAAGCGGAGGCCAGUCCAUCCUGUAGUCCUUUUGGCAAAAAGAAGAAAUGCAAAGACAAGUACCUGGCCAAACAUAGUUCUAUCUUUGAUCAGCUUGAUGUCAUUUCUUAUGAAGAGGUUGUUCAGCUCCCUGCAUUUAAUCGUAAAACCCUGGUACUUAUUGGUGCACCCGGUGUAGGAAGGAGUCAUAUAAAAAGUUUGCUGCUGACCAAAUACCCAGAAAAGUUUGCCUACCCUGCACCUCACACGACCAGACCUCCAAGAAAAGAUGAAGAGAAUGGCCAAGAAUAUUACUUCAUCUCAAAUGAUGUGAUGACCAAAUGCAUUGUGGGGAAUGAGCUCCUAGAGUAUGGCAGCUUCCAGGGCAAUAUGUUUGGCACCAAGAUUGAGACCAUUCAGAAGAUCCAUGAGCAAGGCAAGAUCACAUUGCUGGAUGUAGAACCUCAGACUCUGAAGCUCCUCAGAACGGCUGAUUUCGCUCCCCUCAUCGUGUUCAUAGCUCCAACCACCACUGGUAACCAGUCAGAGGCACUGCAAGCAAUCCAAAAGGAAUCGGACACUAUUCUCAGCACGUACCGCCACUUCUUCGAUGUGAUUCUGGUGAAUAACGAUGUAGAGGAGAGCGUGAGAGGCGUCGAAGAGGCCCUGGAGAAAGCGUCCUCUACCCCACAGUGGGUUCCUGUGUCCUGGGUUUACUGAACACCCACCACCAGAUCCUCCCUCCGAUCAAACCAGGGAACCCUUUCUAUUGUAAACCAGGUGCAAUACCAAGUCAUGAGACUAAGCAUGAGUGUUAGUUUUAAUAAGCAAUACAUUUUUGUUUGUUUUGUUUAUCGAAUUGAAUGUAAUGGAAGUUAAGACAGAAGUGUUAAAGGGGAGAGCGCUACGAGGUGCUAAUAAAUAUCAGGUAGAAGGUGUAGGGUAAAUAAUGCAAAUAGGACCGCUACUGUGCUAAACACCACAUUUCAAGGUUCGACUUUGUGGUUUUAAAAUUGUUGUAUUAUUUACGUUUGCUAACAAACAGGGAACUUGUGUACAUGUCGACGGGUUGUCCAGAUGUUUCAGCUGUCUUGAAGUCUUUGAUCGUAAGAGAUGUUGCUCAUAAAGUAUUAUACUUUUGGAAUAAACUAAAACAUUCACCACUGGAAAUUUUUUUCUUUGUUUAGUUUUAGAUUAUUUAUUAUUGUAAUCUCAUACAUUAUAUAAGUAAAAGUAUGUGAAUACUUGACCAUAUAAAUUUUUGGACGACAUUAAAAAUCACAGGCAUUAAUAAAGUUCUUUGUGAUUUA